AAAAAAAAUUAAAUCCUUCUCCACAUCGGAAUGGCAGUAACAGGGUGGUGUUGGGGUGACCGGAGAUCGGCUUUCACCGUCUUCUUCUUCCUCUUAUUUGUUCACUGUAUCGCCAUACUACUCUUCACCAGCGGUUUUCUUCUCACACGAACAGAACUUCCUCACUAUAGUCACUGUUCACAUGUCUCCCAAUCUCCUUGUCCUCAUCAAAAUCAUACUUGUUGGACUAAACCUGCCGUUGAUCGUAUUGUUAUCAUCCUUCUCGAUGCUCUCAGAUUUGAUUUUGUCGCUCCCAGUACUUUCUUCCAAGAGAAAAAACCAUGGAUGGACAAGCUGCAAGUGCUACAUAAACUUGCAUCUGAAUCAGGUGCUAGAAUUUUCAAAGCUAUUGCAGAUCCACCUACAACAAGUUUGCAGCGUUUGAAGGGUUUGACCACGGGUGGCCUUCCGACUUUUAUUGAUAUAGGGAAUAGCUUUGGCGCCCCUGCAAUUGUGGAAGACAACCUCAUACAUCAGCUUGUUCAAAAUGGAAAACGCGUAGUGAUGAUGGGAGAUGAUACUUGGACACAGCUGUUUCCUCAUCACUUUAAUAAGUCGUAUCCAUACCCCUCUUUUAAUGUUAAAGACCUGGACACGGUAGAUAAUGGUUGCAUCAAACACUUAAUUCCAGCCUUGUAUGAUGAUGAUUGGGAUGUUCUUAUAGCACAUUUUCUUGGCGUGGAUCAUGCUGGUCAUAUAUUUGGUGUUGAUUCAGUUCAAAUGAUUGAUAAACUGCAACAGUAUAAUGAACAGUUAGAGAAAGUUGUUGAAGUGCUGCAGAACCAAUCUGAUAAGGGUGGUCUGCAUGAAAAUACUUUACUUCUUGUUAUGGGUGAUCAUGGACAAACAGUGAACGGUGAUCAUGGUGGUGGGUCCCCUGAAGAGGUUGAAACAUCAAUCUUUGCAAUGCACUUGAAAAAGCCUUCAUUUCCCGUUCCAUCAGAGUAUGACACCUCAUCUUGUAAACUAGAUCUGGACGGAAGAAAGGUGUGCGUUAGUUCUAUUGAACAGCUUGAUUUUGCAGCAACAGUGUCGGCAUUGCUUGGAAUCCCGUUUCCUUUUGGAAGCAUCGGCCGAGUUAAUCCAAUGUUGUAUGCUUUAGCUGCCGGUACAUGGAAUCUUGAAAGCUAUGAUACGAGCAGUAGCCGCAGUCAAUUAAAAAUGGAAGAAUGGAUGCACAAUUAUGCCAAAGUAUUGUGUGUCAAUUCUUGGCAGGUGAAGAAAUACAUAGAUGUCUAUACAGAUUCAUCAGUUAUAGGAUUCUCCAUUGAUGAUUUGAAGCAUGUACAAGAGAUGUAUUCUCAGGCAGUCAACUGGUCAACGGAUUCCUUGCAUGAUGAUGUAUCAUCAUUUGAUGCUCUGAAAAAGCAAAUAGAUUUAUAUUCUAAUUUUUUGGCAAGUGUUGCUGAGCUGUCACGAACCAAGUUCACAGAAUUUGAUUUAAGGAUGAUGGGUAUUGGUUUUGGCAUUUUAUUGACAUCCAUAUUCAUCCAUUUACUUGUCAUCAAGCGCGUGGAUGACAUGUAUAUAGCCGAUUUCCCCUACCAGGAAAUUAAUACGGUUUCAUUCGGGUUGGUUGUUAGUUGUACUAUAGUGGCUGCACGCGCAUGUAGCUUCUUAUCGAAUAGUUACAUAUUGGAAGAAGGAAAAAUGACAAGUUUUCUUUUGGCCUCUAUUGCCAUGCUCGGAUUACACCGUUCAAUCAUGACUAAAAAGAUGAUACCUGAGGCUGCUGCCCUUGUUUUCUUGAUCUCCAUCUUGAGAUUUACAAUUGAACUAGGGCUAUCAAAGCAAGGUUCCCCUGAAGUAUCAUCAGAGUUCCGUAGUUGGGUGUAUGUAGCUGACAUAUUGCCAAUACUGCCUUUGAUCAUAUUGGCAUACCUGCUGUACAAAAGCAUUUCUAGCAGCUCUUGUAACUGGCUUUUGAAAUUUGUCAUCACUGGAAGCAUACUUAGCUAUAUUCUAGUUGCGUUGCAUUUGACCUUAGGAAGUAGUAGCUUAUCACAUAUGACACCGCCCAUAUUUGAUGGGAUUAAAGGCAGUUUGAUUCCUCGUGCUAUAUAUGUUAUCGGUAUUGCACAACUGUUGUUCCUUUCGGUUGUUCAGUUUUUUGAAGAAGAGAAAACUUCAAAGUGGGAAGAAACAACAUUGAUGAAAGCAGUUGGUAUGUUAUCUGUAUGGAGUUCCACUCUCAUCAUCUUGUCCGGGAAACAAGGACCCUGGGUUGCUUUGGCAUCAGUUAUUGGAGGCUGGCUGAUAUCGAGGUUAAGAGGUCUGGACCAGGAUUAUAAGAAUGGUUCAACCGGUCUGUUAGCUAGCUAUUCUUCUUCUGUUACACAGUGGAGCUUUUUAGCAUCAUGUCUUUUCUUUUGUACUGGUCAUUGGUGCGCUUUUGAUGGCCUUCGGUAUGCUGCUGCAUUCAUUGGGUUUGAUGAAUUUACUAUAAUGCCCCAAGCAAUCCUUCUAACAAUCGAGACAUAUGGCUUUUCUCAUAUUCUUCCAACUCUUGGACUACCAUUUCUUGUUGCAUAUCGACACUCGUUUAACAAAGCUAAGCAGACAAGGGAAUCUAUAAUCCAGCUAUUUCAGGUUUAUCUGAUAUACGGGCUUAUCAUGGCUGUUACAACCUCUUUCACUGUUCUCUGUGUCAUGAUCCAAAGACGGCAUUUGAUGGUAUGGGGAUUGUUUGCUCCAAAAUUUGUUUUUGAUGUAGUAGGACUUAUAUUGACGGAUGUUUUAAUUUGUGUUUCUUCCCUCAUAUACUUCGUUCGGACAUAGGUGUGUUAUCAAGAUAGAUAAUUAUAUUUUUGAAAAUUUUGUUAGUUAAUUUCAUUAAUCUUA